UCUAAAUAAGGAGCAAAUCGCGGCAAGUGCCACUGCAAAUGCAAGGCCAGCCAGUGCCAGAGACGGUAGAGCGAGCCCUGUGUAUCACCCUAGAUAUUGGCUUCGCUUUGGCGCAAUUUAAUAGCAAUACAUUGCAUUUCGAUUUCCUGUCUGCAGGACCCACGGAAGGAUUCACUGAAAGAAAACGUGCCUGGAGAUCUAUAAAUGGAGAGCAGCAAACAUGGAAUCGAUGGGAGUUCCCCACAGCCUGGUGCUGAGGUCUUUAAGGCUGCAGAUCUGGAUAUUGAAUUGGUUCAAACUUCAGCAGAGAAGCCGGAUCCUAACCAGCUCGUUUUUGGGACGGUGUUCAGUGAUCACAUGUUGAUGAUUCACUGGACAGCUGCAAGAGGUUGGGAGAGACCACAGAUCAAACCUCUGCAGAACCUGUCGCUGCAUCCUGCGGUGUCAGCUCUCCAUUAUUCAGUGGAGCUAUUCGAAGGACUAAAAGCCUAUCGAGGAGCGGACAAUAAGGUUCGCCUGUUCAGACCCAUGCUGAAUAUGGAGCGGAUGCUGCGCUCUGCCAAGAGAGCCUGCCUACCUAGAUUUGAUCCCAAGGAGCUGUUGGAGUGCAUCAAAAAGCUGGUGGAGGUAGACAAAGAAUGGGUGCCUUACUCAAAAUCUGCCAGCCUCUACAUUCGCCCAGUCUUCAUUGGAACAGAGCCUUCCCUCGGGGUGAAGAUAGCGACCAAAGCUUUGCUCUACGUGAUCCUCAGUCCGGUUGGUCCUUAUUUCUCAACGGGGAGCUUUUCCGCUGUGUCCCUCUGGGCAGAUCCGAAGUAUGUCCGAGCCUGGAAAGGAGGAACGGGAGACUGCAAACUUGGAGGAAAUUACGGAGCAUCACUUUCUGCACAAUCUGAGGCCCUAACUGCAGGAUGUCAACAGGUUUUAUGGCUUUAUGGAGAUGAGCACCAUGUAACGGAGGCUGGGACCAUGAAUCUGUUUCUUUACUGGAUAAACGAGCAUGGAGAGGAAGAGCUGGUUACACCACCGCUAGAUGGCGUCAUAUUACCUGGAGUAGUGAGACAAAGCAUUCUGGAUCUUACACGCAAGUGGAAUGAAUUCAAGGUUGAAGAGCGUUCUGUCGGGAUGAACGAGCUUCUUAAUGCAAUCAGGAAAAACCGGGUCAAGGAGAUGUUUGGCUCAGGAACUGCUUGUGUCGUGUGCCCAAUAGAACGGAUCUUGUACAAGGGCGAGAAUCUGCAUAUUCCAACCAUGGAAAAUGGACCAAAAUUGGCUUCACGGAUCCUUGAAAGCCUGACUGCCAUGCAGUACGGGAGAGUGGUGACUGACUGGACCUACCUGGUGGUCUGAAAGUUGGAGCACCAUUGAAAGCAGACCGAAUGAAGAGCUAAGCAACAGAAGUUGGGCUGAAUGUCAAAAUAGCACAAACUGCAGUCUAGUGACUGUGAACAUCUGACGAUGGUUCGUGACUGCUGCCUGCACCCAAAUAAAGCACAAAACAUUUUGCAAUAUAAACGUGAAUUGUAACCGUAUGUACUGUACUACCUUCUGCUCAACAGGGGACCCAUGCCAAACUGGCAGAGCCACUGGUACAAACUGCCCCCUCACAGGUUCUCAUUCAAUUUUGUCAGUGAACGUCAGCACUGUCCUAUUCACAGUUCUCUCUGGUUUUUUUGUAGCAACUCUGUGUGAUAUUGACUUAUAAAUUACAGACAUUUCAUCGUCUUUGACAUACAACUAGAAUACCCUACGGCCAGGACAUCAGGGCCUGGUGAUUCUGUGUGUUUCGCAUGCAGUCAGUGACUGAGCAAAGAGGAAUUUGUACAUGAGCCAUCGUUGAUGAGCUGCUGUUAGGCUAGUGAACCGUACAAAAUGGGAGAUAAUUUUCCCAACCAAACGAAAAUAGAUUAAUGUCUGGAAUCGGGGUCAACAUCACAUUAUAUUUUAUGCUCAUAGAAUCCUAAAUGCCUUUGAAUCAUAUUGUAUCAGUGAUAGUGACACACAAGCAGUGAUCCAAAAUGAGACGUUGUAAGAGUUGAAAAUGCCAAAUAAAGAUCCCUACAUGUGAAUUGCAAGGCUGUAAGCCAACUUCAGAGGUUCAGAUGUCAGCAUGUGAACCUUUGAUCAUUUAUAAACAGCCUUUAAUGUAUCCCUGAUACCUUAUUACUAUAUAUAGGUAUAAUAUGUACUGUGUAAUUGAGUUUUAAAAGGUGAUAAAUAAAUUAUUUCCUCCAUAUCUUCUCAGAGUGUAGGUGACACUCAGCAAUUUAUUUAUUACAUACUCUUUGUUACCCUGAAAGGAUUGUAAGUUUUGAGAGGCAGCCACAUUUUAUGGGAUUGGAGUCACAUGUUGGCUCAGUUGCAUCAGGGUGGCAGGUCAAUAGAUUUUUAUUAGCUAAGGUUAUUAAGGGAAAUGGAAUCAAGACAUAUAAAUUAAGAAUAAAUGGAAGUACAGAUCUAACUGAUCCCAUGAUCUAACUAAAUGACAGAACAGGCUUGAGGGACUGAAUGGCCCCCUCCUGUUCUUUUAACAUUCUUUCUAGGGUGUAGGUGUUGCUGGCCAGGACAAUAUUUGUUGCCAAUCCCAUGCCCAUCCUUAAUUGCCCUUCUGAAUGUGGCAGUGAGCCACUUUUGUGAACUGCUACAGUCACAUGUAGGCCAGGCCAGGUAAGGAUGGCAGAUUUCCUUCCCUACAAGAAACUAGCGAACCAGAUGGGUUUUUAAUGACAGUUGACCUGGCAAGCAUUAUUGAGACCGGAGGUGGAAUCUGGUGGAGGUGACGUGGUCUUGCCUGCCUGCUGGAGAGCCAGUGAGUGACCCAUAUGUCACCUCUUUUGGGGAAGGCCCGCUGACCUCGAGCCAGUGAGGCAGUUCAGAGGCCACUGGCAGGCCUUUCCCCAGGAUCAGUACCCUGAGGGUGGAGGUCCUGCAUAUUGACCAGCAGCAUCUGUAGGAAGGUGGGUGGGUGCUGCCGGACCGACAUCCACCCGAGGCUCAGAGUUGAGGAGCGACCCAAGCCACAGAUUAAUGAUGGCAGGAGGGGUUUCACUAGCAAUGGGGGUGGGUUGACGGCAAGUGGAGGGUGGUGGCUCUCAGUGGGCCCCCCCCACUUCCCGAUGCUGGGUCCCUCAAUCAGGCACUGAGUGCUUUUGAAUGAGGGACCAUGCCCUGGGAGAUAAGUAGCCUGCAGAGGUUUACCUGUUGUGUAUGCUGCAUGGUGACAGGCCUGUCCGUAGCUGAGUUAAUACCAGUGGCAGUGGGAUGAGACCCUUAAGUGGUCAUUAACUGUCCACUUAAGAGCCUGAAUUGGCAGCGGGGUUCCCAUUCCCGGACUUAAUCAGGGUGGAGAUGGGAAGAUGGCAUGGAGCUCACUUGCCACCCUUCUGCCCAAUUAAAUGCCCUCGCCACCUUCAAACACGCCACUCGAGAGGGCAGCAGAUUAUGCCCUAAAUUUUAAUUCCAGAUUUUAUUAAUUCAUUAAAUUUAAAUUCCACCAGUUGUCAUGGUGGGAUUUGAACCUGUGCCAACAGAACCUGAGCCUCUGGAUUACUGGCCCAGUGACAUUACCAACACAUCCCAACCUCCUCUAGCUUCCCUUCCCUGAACGAUAUGCAUGAGUCAGUUGGGCUCAUACAGCAACCCAGCUCCAUCUUGCCUUGGUUUGUUCUUUCUCACUGCCAGCCUGCAGAUUUUAUUGAAUUCAGUUUCACCAGUUCUGCAAUGGGAUUUGAAUUCAUAUUCUCUGGAUUACUAGUCCAUUUUUGUAACCAUUACACUUGGUGCAACCAUAAUUUUUAUACCUUUAGCUUAGAUGGUGUGGGGGAUGCUGUUGUCCUCUCUUCUCCGAAGAACAUUCCAAUCUUUCAGGACUGAAAUAUUGAUGGAAUACACUGUCAUGUGACCAGUGAGCUUUUAUUUUACCAAGGAGAUCACAGAGUUAUUCACUACCCACUGGAAAUAAGUAUUUAUAUAUAUAUGUACAGGUAGACAGGAAUUGCAAGGUUCAGCUGCCAAUGUCUAAACUUUUGUGAUACGGAUACGUGACCACCAGAAUUGGAGUUACAGAGGGAAUGCUGCACUGUUAGGGGUGAGGUCUUUCAGGUGAAAUGCUAAGCUGAGGCCCUGUCUUCCCUCUGAGCCAGAUGAGCCAGAUCUCAAGGUAUUAUUUUGAAGAAAAGCAGAGGUGGCCUGGCCAACAGGAAUCCCUCAAUCAACAUCUCUAAAACUGAUAGUGCAGUCAUUUAUCGCACUGCUGUUUCUGGGAUCUUGCUGUGUUCAAAAUGACUGCUCGUUUCUCAGCUUUCACAAGUGACCACACUUAAAAAAGUACUUCACUGACUGAAGCAUUUUGAGCCAUCCUGAGGGUGCUAUAUGAACGCAAGUUCUUUCUUCUGACUUUCUUUACCAUCUGGGACCAUUGUUCUUUUGGCCACAAGACAAUCAUAAAGGUAAUGCGCAGACCACUUACAAACCGCCCCCUUUAAGAUACCAUGCUCCACCCAAAAAUUUAUAGGUACCAUACUUUGAAAUAAACAGGCCACGCACAACAAAUAAAACUUAGAGGGACUGUUGUCUGAGAUCUGCGCUCAUAUCUAACAAAUCAUUGUGCAGGCAGUGUCUGCUUUAUAAUUGUAUGACAAAAAUAUUUCACACUCUACUUAAUAGUAUAAUUUUGUUGUGCAAGUUGUACUAUUGAUUAUGUACGUGACCACAAGAUACUGUGCUCAAUAAAUGUUUUGUUGUGGAA